GCAGAGAGAAGAGUUUUGAUACAAGACAAGUGCAGUGACAGAGUGAGGAGUUGAGGAAAGAUGACGGAGCCUAGCUCCAAGAGCUCCAAGAAGCAGGGAUUUAAAAAGUGCCGGAGCGCCACUUUCAGCAUCGAUGGGUUCAGCUUCACCAUCGUUGCCAACAAGGCUGGGGAGACUACCCCUCCACCACUGAAUCGCUUUGCACGCUCCAAGUCCCAGAAUGCCUUGUGGAACGCCAUCACUGCAGGGAUCGGGAUCAAGGAUAAGGAUAAGAGAGGGAUUCUCAUCGAUCCCCGCAGUCCAGAGGAGAUUCUGGCUGACGACCUGCCAGUCGUGGACGGGCCAGACGCCAUGGAGAAGACUGCCAUCAGUGUGUUUGUGGACCCCCCCGCCUUCACCCUUCCGCCUCCUGAGCUGCACGCGCUCAGUGAGCACCUGAGAGGAGAGGAGCUGCUGGUGACUAAACCAGAGCACACACAGAUCACAGCCAGGGGGCCCCUGACGCAGCUCCACCACUAG